UUUUAGUGUAUAAACAAUGAUAACUUGACUGUCUGGUCUUUUUCUUCUGUAUAAUUUCAUAAAUCUCACAGUUGUCUUUUCCUGUGACAUGCCACUCACCACAUCCUGGCUGUGGUUUCAGAUGGUAAACUGACAACUACUUUUUUCCACACAUGUAGACGGUAGACAUACACUUUUCUCAUUACAUUCGCCACAUACACAUGUUACACUAGACUUGACGAUCAAUAAUCACAAACCGCCAUGGUAAGCUACUGUCCAAUAUGUGGGAAGCCUGUCUAUUUUGGUGAGAAGAAGAGGUCUUUGGGACGAGAUUACCAUCCUCUGUGUCUGAAGUGUCAAAACUGCAACCGACAACUCACAGCUGGACAACAUGCUGAGUAUGAUGAGAAGCCAUUCUGUUCACACUGCUACCUGAAGAUGUUUGGUCCCAGAGGUAACAGGUGAGGACCAGAACCUGCCUGAAACCAACUCUAGAACUCCUUGACUGACAUUAUACAUUUACCAAAGCACUCAACGUUUGUGUGCACUGUAUUGACAUAUUUUAUACAGUUUGCAAAUUAUAAAAAUUGAUAAUUUUCAACUACAUUUAAUACAUGUAUGUUUAGAUGUAUAAAUGUGAUUUUGGUAUGGAUCAUUCUUAAACAAAGCAAUAAAUAGUAUGAAUGCAUUUGCAGUUUAGGAAAUUAGUUGAUCUACCACAUUUCCAGAGAGCUAAGGACCGGGGUGCCAAACUUUUCCCUUCACUAUUAUUCUUAUUUUGUAUAUUCCUGAGAACCAGCGUCCUCUACAGUAGACAUUUGAUUUUAAUCUAUUUAUUUUGUCAGAGUCACAGGAGGGUUCUGCUGUUUUUAAGGACCUUUUGCAAAAAUGUGAGUUUUUUAACUGAACUCGAAUAGCCCAAAUGAUAAAAAAAAAAAAAAGAGGGCCUAAAAUGGAACCUUGAGGAA